CCGCUUCAUAGCGGUAAGUUUGAUGAUAAGCUCUAACUAGCUACGUGUAUUUCGGGAAGAUCUUUUGCCCCCGAGAAUCUUCCAACAAUGACUCAAUUACAAUAUCUGAAUGUAUAUCUAACUGAGCGUUUGAUGCAAGCUGCCGAUGAGAUACUUGGAGUGGUUGGAGACACGAUCUCCGAAUACCAGGAAGAAAUAACCCGGACAAAGAGAGAGAACCAAUACCUGAAGCGACACUUGAUCACACCGGUCCUACCGGCUCCUCAGCCCAUUCCCUCUUGGGUCUUGGAGCAGCAAACUCCCCCUGAGCAACAUCACUGUGAGCAGGAGUGGAGCCCCAGUCUGGGGCAGAGGGACCCAGAGUCCACACAGAUUAAAGAGGAACAGGGUGAACUCAGGACCCGUCAGGAGGUAGAGCAGAUUCAAGGGCCGAAGGCUGAUACCAAAGUAGACUCCAUAACCAUUCCUCCCUGUGUGAAAAGUGACUGUGAUCAGGAGCCACCUCAGCCCACACAUCUUCCCCAAACUGUGGAGAACAGAGAGAGGGACUCUCUACUGACUAACACAACUGGACAGAUCAAAACAGAACCUGAUGGAGAGGGCUAUGGAGUAUCACUAUCAGAACCAACCAGUGACUCCCCUCAGUCUCAGCCCCUCUCUGCAGUAAAUCUAGACUGUUCUAGAACACAGAGUGAGAACGCUGAAAGUGUUCCUGAUGUUCCGAGAGAUCUAGAAAGGAGACCAGAGGAGGACACACAGACACACUCAUGUACUCAGUGUGGUGCCGUGUUCUGUGAGCUAUCCCAACUGGAGGCACACAUGCUAGCCCACACAGUACCACACAGUGGUGACACUAGUCACAGGCAAAUCCUCUGCACAGUCUGUUGGAAAUCAUUCACCUCUACCAGUUACCUCAAGGUCCACCUGUGUUCUCACACUAAAGAUAAGCCCUUCCACUGUGGUGUGUGUGGCCAGAGCUUCAGCUACUCAGGCAGGUUCAGGGAGCACCAACGCAUCCACACAGGAGAGAGACCGUACCGCUGCCAUGUGUGUGGUAAAUGCUUCAACCAGUCAGUCCAUCUGAAGACCCACCUGAGGGUCCAUACGGGGGAGAAACCCUACUCCUGUCCUGUCUGCGGGAAAGGGUUCAGUCAGUCCAGCCAUAUCAAGGGACACCUCAGAACUCACACCAGAGGGAGGUAGAAGAAAAAUGCUUUGGAGUGGAAAGCGCCCAUGAGGGGAUGGACAGAGCCUUCUGUUCUCUAAGUACCCAGCGUUUGGGAAGAGAAAGAGAGGCAUUCCUUCUCUUCAAUGCUACUAAUUCUACAUAUUAUAUUACUAUAGAAUGUGAUGUUUUGCAGACUGUAACUGAGGCACCUCAUGUCUACAUUGAUUUUAGAGAGUUGCUUAAUAACAUGCUAUGAAAAGACUUGACCCUCAUGUAUCACUAGGUUACACUAACAAUGUUGGAGAGAAAUAUAAUGUUAAUUUUGGUUAGAUACCCCAUUUUGUCCUAAAGUGAUCAGUGGGAUAUGGUUACAGGCAACCUAUUCUCACCAAUGUUGUUAAAAAACAGUUUGAACACUA